AUGAACACGUUCAGAGUUCAGCCCGACACAACAUUCAUUCCUACUAGGAAAACCAAAGGGGCUGCUGGAAACGAUAUCAAGUGUGCGGAGACCACUUGUAUCAAAGCAGGACAGCUAAAACGGGUACCUACUAAAUGCAGGAUGGGAAUUCCCGAAGGACACGUAGGACUUCUUGGUGGACGAUCUGGCCAUACAUCCAAAGGUAUCGAAGUGAAGCUGGGCUUUAUCGAUGAAGAUUACAGAGGAUACGUAGACGUCAUGGUCAAGAACGACACCGAAGAAGACUUCGUCAUUAACGAGGGAGACAGAUUCGCUCAACUUAUAAUUUGA